CCUUGACUUUGAGGUUAUUGGUUUUUUUUUUUUAUUACUUCUACUGUGAUUUCCCCAAAUUGGAAACUCUGGCACUUUCACUCGACUUUAUUUAUUUGGCAGCUGCAGUCAAGGCCCGCAUUGAUAUUCCGCUCCCCAAAAAAGGAAAUUGUAGAGAAAAGCAAAAACAAAGUUUGAAGAAAAAAAAAGAAGAAGUUUGUGAAGCGGAACUUUUGUUUUUCAAUCCUCAUACGGCCCCUCAGGUUUAUCUGGUUUAGAAUGACUGGAUCGAAGAUGUGACAGUUCAAACUCUUCAAACCGAGAACAACUGCAAUAACGAAAUGCGACUUUUCAUGAAUGCACCAUCAUUUCCAAUCUGAGUAUGUCAUAUUUGAUAUUAUUUGGUGAUGUACCAGUCACGUUGUGCAAUGUGUGUACAUUUGCGGAUGGUGGGACACGUUCCACUUUUCCUCGGUGACGUGUUUGAAUGGUCAGGAGCACGCGCUCGCGUCUUCGUACUGUGUCGUUUGUCGCUCGAGUGCAGCGGGACCCUGAGCUCGUCCCCCGUGAGGGGUGAUGGGGUGACUGGGGGCGCGCGUCGGUUCAUCGUCGGGGAAAGCGCGCGCUCUCGGAGACGGGCGCGCGCGCGGAGCGGUGUGCAGAUGUGUCGCAGAUUUUGUAGAGUCACUGGUGGACGCACACGCACUUAACGCGCACGCACACGCACACACACACACACCGAGCACACAGGCAAGUCACUCCUGAUCCGGAUUGAAUUGGCCCUUGGAAAAGUGUCAAGACAAACGCGAGGGCGGCUGAAGUGAGACCCGGGAGGGAGAGGACCGGAGGGGGGGGGGCGCUGUCAUCAGCGGUGAGCGUCAGCCCAGUUCGUGGAGGAGGAGGAGGAAGAGGAGGAGGAGGACGACGAUACUUUGACAGUUGGGAGCCCAGCGGAGGAGAUGGAGCUGUCGGCGAUCGGAGAGCAAGUGUUCGCCGUGGAGUCGAUCGUCAAGAGGAGAUGUCGGAAGGGGAAUGUGGAGUAUCUGUUGAAGUGGAAAGGAUGGCCUCCGAAAUAUAGUACAUGGGAACCUGAGGAACAUAUUCUGGACCAGCGUUUGGUGCAGGCCUAUGAAGAGAAAGAGCAGAGAGACAGAGCUCUGGGUCACAAAAGGAAAGGAUCCAAGGCCAAAAGACUCCUUCUGCAGAACUCCGUCUACACCAUGGAUCUCCGCAGCGCCCACAAGGUUCCAGAGAAGCCCCCGCCUCGCCUGCGCCUCUCCCUGACCCGCUCGCUGGUCCCGGAGGACGAGGACGAGGACGAGGACGAGUUGUACGGCGCCUGCACACAGGGCCCGGGGCCGCGGCUGGCACCUCACAAAGGCGAACCCGGGAGGUCACAGUUCACGUGCCUUGACUCAAGCCCUCCGAGUCCAGCGCAAGACGACUGGGAGGGCCUGGGAGAGGAAGACGAGGAGGAGGAGGAUAAUGUGGAGGAUGACGAAGAGGAGAUGGAGGCAGCACAGAAGGGGACGACUCUUAAUGGACAAGAGAGGACAGAACGGUGGAGCGCCGCCGUCGGACCAGACGAGGUCGCCGCAUCGGACGACACCUGGAGACCUGUCGUCGGCCCCGCCGGAGAGGUGACGGUCACGGACGUCACCCUCAACUCCCUCACAGUGACUUUCCGCGAGUCGAGAGUGGCCAAAGGCUUCUUCAGUCACUGGGGCCUGGAGGUCUGAAUUGUGAUGGAGUGGUUAGUGGGCUUUGCAGGGUGGGUGGGCCGCUGCGGGAAGGACUCUGAGGCACCGCGAUCGUUCACGGUGUGUGUAAAUGGUGGUUGAGGGGGUCAAGAUCGCUGUUAUCGUUGUGCCCCCCUGUGCGACCUCUCGUUUUCCCCCCCUCCCAGUAUGUUCACAUGCACAGAGUCAGCUGGGUAUGAGCCGGACGCAACGUGUCGUUAGGUCGAGAUGUUCACCCUUUGAUACAAGGGGACUGAGGUGCCUGGAAUUAAUGCGUCAUUCAAUACCUUUGAAGGAGACAUAUUAUGCUUAUUCAGUUUUUCCCUUCCGUCUUGUGUGUGACAUGGGUUUUUUUGUGCACGUACGCCCCAACAGAAAACAGAAUAUGGGCAUGAUAUGUCUCUCCACAGGGUGCCUUCAGAGCGGUUAAUGACAAGGGCCUUAACGCACGACUUUUUCGUAUUCGUAUCUCGUCCUUUUACUUUGUGAGACGGGCUCUCACUUGGACUUGUCAGGCCUUGUCAGGUUCAGAGGUGACGAGUCUGCUUUUGCGAAGAAAAAAAAUUCUCGCCAAGCAGCGGAGAUACCGAGGACAGUCAUCAGAUAAAUCUGGAGGCUCGAAAGUAUUUAACCGCCCCCCACAAAAGUAGCAGAAACUUGGAAAUUUAAAAAGUACAAGUUGCACUUAAGUUCAGUAUACAGUACAGAUUCGUGGGCCGAUGUAAUCUAUCUCUCAUGUGGGAGAAGGACAAAGAAGAGUCCUCUGUGCAUGUAAACAUGGCCGCCGUUUCUGUCUUUCUUCCACACCUCGCGGGCAGUUCGGCGCUGGACAAUCGUCACGCUCCUCUUCUCAAAACACACAGCUCGCCGCACGAGUGAUGGCUCGUACCGAAAUUAGAAAACUAGAUGACGCUCGAUAAAUAUGGUGCGCAACGAAAAUUUGGCUGUGCUGACGGAGCUUACUGAGAGCGUCUUUGUAGAGUUUAACCAGCAGAAUUAAAGGUGAACGUCACCGAUCACUGAUAGUUAAUUCUGAAGGUCACUAAUUACCUGGUCAUUUGUGACGACAUUCAAAAGCCUUGAAUUAGAUCGUUUUCACAUUAAAAAACUAACUAAACUGAGUGUUUGACCAUAAAUGUAACCCUCAUUGAGACUAUCAGAAUAAAUCUCAGACUAAUACGUGCCGCUCUGUUCGCUGUUAAGCGCUCUAACUAGCAAUCACACACAGUUUACAUCACAGACAACUCUUUUAUCAAACACACUAAGACUAGGAAAAGCACUGUUCUCACUCCAAUGACCAUCCACACGCAGACUCAAACCCCUGUUCUAAUGCGUAAUCCAUCACAACUAACAAUUGGUUGCCUCCAUUUAUUACAUAAGUCGUGGUAAGAAAAAUCUAACCGUUCAGCAAGAGGAAUUUACUCAAAGUCAGUGUUUUCUGACCAGGACCAGGACGAGGGGCUGUGACAGGAAUCUAAUCGGAAACAAGAUGCUUAACAACACAGGAAAAAAGAAGAACCCUAAAUGCAGAUCAUCUUCUGUCUUAUGAAACACUAUAGUUUUAAAACCUUUCAGGUGAUGAAUAAUUGUUCAAUCUGAGGUGAAAAUGACUCUUGGAUUAUCGGACAGUUCACAAUUUACAGAUACGCAAACUAUGACCAUGGGUAGUGAGGAGAGAAUGAACAAAAAUAUUAAGUGUUGGAUGUUGGAAAUUCGCAAAGGCGCGAGAGUUGCCUCCAGCGAGGAAAGAAAGACGACCAGCAACGUAAAACUAAAAAGGACAAAAGUAAAAAGUGAAAGUUGACUGGGAUUGAUCACAUUUGUAAAAGUAUCUCAUGUCAUUAAUGGUACAGGCUCAUUCUUCAAGGACCAUUUAGAAGAUGCAACAGACAGAGUUUGCUCAGUUAUCCUGUCAUCUUUAGACCCCCCCCCCCCCCCCACACACACACACACCAAAAAAAACAAAAAACAACAACUUAACUUAUCUCUCUGAUAAUAACUUGUUGAGCCAGAAACAAAUGGAGAAUUCCAAAUCUAUAAAGUCCACAGCCACUGAGCAAAGUCCUAUUGCUGCUUGUAAGCAAGGAAGGAAAUGAAUCAAAAUACCUGCUUUAGAAAAUGUUUAGCAGUGGUGUGAAGUACAUGCAAUAAAUGACUAAUGUCACAAAUAAAAAAAAUUAAAAAAAGAAGAGAUAAAAAUCCCAACUCUGAGCAUUGGUGUAACACUUGGCGGCUCCCUGCCCGGUGGACACAGGAGCUGAUGGGAUGUGUCAUGUCUGCGGAAUCUCCCACAGUGGCGUCCCAUUGGUCCACAACUUGUUUAUCCCACACUGAGGAUGAUGGGUCAGCGCCUCGUGAUCCCACGACUGUCUCUGUGUGAUAAUGAAGCUGCAGGGAAUGGAAGUGCCUGAUGUUGCGCAAUUUUGUUGUUCUGUCCGUGGAGCUCGUAGGGCUUAUGUCUGUCUCUCUCUCUCUCCCUCUCCCUCUCCCCCUCUCAAUCCUUUAUACAAACACACACACACACACACACACACUGUCCGACUGACUAUGUGGUUUCUGUACGUCUGAGUGCACGACCCUCGACAGAUGUUAGUAAGACUUGAGGAGGAGACGUUUUUUUUAAAACGCAGGAAGAUGGAGGAAUCCUAUUUUUAAGUCCUUAUUUUUCUACAUUGACCUGAAUGUAUAUUUAUUCUUUCAAGAUACCUGUGUGUUUGUCACGCAGAUGACUGGAUCGUGUUUUUUGUUUUUUUUAUACAGUUUGUGAUAAACCAAGCUGCGCUGAUGCCAUGUCUUAAAUGUACCGACAUGACAAAACAAGCUCCCUGGAAUUUGACAAAACAAGCUCCCUGGAAUUUGACGUCGUCUGUCGCAGUCGCUCGUGCUGCUUCCCCUCGACCACCGAGCGGAGAACCUUGCACUUUAUUGUGACGUAGAACCUGCACAUUACCUGCUCCAGUCUACAGUGUCAUUGUGUACAGAAUAUUUCUAUGGUAUUACUAAAAUAAAUGUUGCACAUGUUUAAUAUCA